CGCCCUGGGCGCUGGGCGUGUGGCCGCCCUCAGGGACCCCCGAACGCAGCCCGUGCUCGCCCCCGCCGCCUCCCCUCCCUCGGGCAGUGGACUGGCCGACGAGAACCACUGGACCCCCAAGUCCUCGGGGAGAGCAGGAGCGCCCAGCGGGCCCCGCUCGCGCCCCGCGCCCCGCGCUCCGCCCCGGGCGCCCGCUCCCGCCCUGCGCGCCCCUCCCCUGCACCGCCUUCCCCGCCUCCCCGAGGCGGCCGAGGGGCCGGGCCGGGCCGGGCCGGGGGAGGUGCCGAGCCCGGACUGCGCGCUCGCCCGCUGCGCUGGGCGGCCAGACCUAGCGGCCGGUCCUCGAGCCUCGCGCGCUCGGCGUUGCCGCCGGCUUUUGUUGUCUCCGCCUCUUCGGCCGCCGCCGUCUGCGGACCACGAGCCGCGCGUAGGGACCUUGGCUCUGCCCUUCGCGGGCGGGGGCUCCGCGGGCCCCACCGUACCCGAGAGAGGCGCGGCAGGCGACCGGCAGCGCCUCGGCCCCGCCAUGGAGCUCCGGGCCGGCGGCUGGUGGCUGCUGUGCGCGGCCGCCGCACUGGCCUCCUGCGCCCACGGGGACCCUGCCAGCAAGAGCCGGAGCUGCGGCGAAGUCCGGCAGAUCUACGGCGCCAAGGGCUUCAGCCUGAGCGACGUGCCCCAGGCAGAGAUCUCCGGUGAGCACCUGCGGAUCUGCCCCCAGGGCCACACCUGCUGCACCAGCGAGAUGGAGGAGAACCUGGCCAACCGCAGCCGUGCGGAGCUAGAGACGGCGCUCCUGGACAGCAGCCGUGCCCUGCAGGCUGCGCUGGCCGCCCAGCUGCGAGGCUUCGACGAUCACUUCCAGCACCUGCUGAACGACUCAGAGCGGCUGCUGCAGGACACCUUCCCGGGCGCCUUUGGGGAGCUGUUCACGCAGAACGCCAAGGCCUUCCGGGACCUGUACGCGGAGCUGCGCCUCUACUACCGCGGGGCCAACCUGCACCUGGAGGAGACGCUGGCCGAGUUCUGGGCCCGGCUGCUGGAGCGCCUCUUCCGGCAGCUGCACCCGCGGCUGCUGCUGCCCGACGACUACCUGGACUGCCUGGGCAAGCAGGCCGAGCCGCUGCGGCCCUUCGGGGACGCCCCACACGAGCUGCGCCUGCGGGCCACCCGCGCCUUCGUGGCCGCACGGGCCUUCGUGCAGGGCCUAGGCCUGGCUGCUGACGUGGUCCGGAAGGUGGCCCAGGUGCCCCUGGGCCCCGAGUGCUGGCGGGCCGUCAUGAAGCUGCUGUACUGCGCUCACUGCCUGGGUGUGCCCGGCGCCCGGCCCUGCCCGGACUACUGCCGCAACGUGCUGAAGGGCUGCCUGGCCAACCAGGCCGACCUGGACGCCGAGUGGAGGAACCUCCUGGACUCCAUGGUGCUCAUCACCGACAAGUUCUGGGGCCCGUCGGGCGCGGAGAACGUCAUCGGCAGCGUGCACUCGUGGCUGGCGGAGGCCAUCAGCGCCCUCCAGGACAACCGCGACACACUCACGGCAAAGGUCAUCCAGGGCUGCGGCAACCCCAAGGUGAACCCCCACAGCUCGGGGUCUGAGGAGAAGCGGCCGCGGGGCAAGCUGGUGGUGCAGAAGCCGCCCGCAGGCGCGCUGGAGAAGCUGGUCUCGGAGGCCAAGGCCCAGCUCCGUGACGCCCAGGACUUCUGGAUCAGCCUCCCAGGGACGCUGUGCAGCGAGAAGAUGGCCAUGAGUGCCGCCAGUGACGACCGCUGCUGGAACGGGGUGGCCCGGGGCCGGUACCUCCCUGAGGUGAUGGGUGAUGGCCUGGCCAACCAGAUCAACAACCCCGAGGUGGAGGUGGACAUUACGAAGCCCGACAUGACCGUCCGCCAGCAGAUCAUGCAGCUGAAGGUCAUGACCAACCGGCUGCGCAGCGCCUACAACGGCGAGGACGCCGACUUCCAGGACGCCAGUGACGAUGGCAGCAGCUCGGGCAGUGGGGACGGCUGCCCCGAUGACGUCUGCGGCCGGAAGGUCAGCAAGAACUCCAGCUCCAGGACCACCUUGACCCAUGCCCUCCCCGGCCUGUCGGAGCGGGAGGGCCAGAAGACCUCAGCCACAGGCUGUCCCCGGCCCUGCAUGGCCCUUCUGCUCCUCCUCCUCACCUUGGGCCUCUCAGUGGCCAGGCCGCGGUGGCGGUAACUGCUCCCUGGCCCCAGGGACCGAGGCCAAGGACUGACUUUGCCAAAACUCAGAUGAUAUUUAAUUCCCCUGGGCCUAGAGGCCUGGGACAGGACAGGGAGGAACAGUGAGAGACUGCUGCUCUGUGGGGCUGGGGGGGGCAGGUGGCCCGCCCCCCCAGGCCUGGCUUUGCCAUCACCCUGGCUCUUAAUUGUCUGUGAGGCCCUCAGGUCAGCCGGGAGCAAUGUCCCCCAAAGCCAUGUAUUUCAGGGACCUUCUGGGGGCCUCGGAUCUGAGCAGGCCCUGUGUAUACAGGUCUGAGGGCCUCUCUCCUGGGCCCACCUCCGCCCGGCUCCCACCUCCGCCUGGCUCCCCGCUCCGUCACCACCCAGUGCCAGGGCCUGCGGGGGGGGGGGGGGGACCUGGGGCCUGUGCCUUCCUCUCCCGCUUCCUCCUGUGACAACCAGGGGCCCCAGGUUUCAGAACAAGAGGCCCACCCCUCAGCGCCCUGAGAAUCCUCCGGUGGGCAUGGGGUCUCUGCCACCUGGGAUCUUGAGGGGCCUUUGAGAUAAUGCAUGAACCCUUCAUAGGCAGCCAGGCCCCGACCCUACGACAUCAAGGGCCUUCCCAGAGCCUCUGAGUCAGGUGGGAGCUUGUUGGGACAGAUGGGCCCAGCGGACCUCGUCCUUGCCAGAGACCCACCGGGGGCAGGGGACUCGGAUGCGCUUUGAAUGGCAGCAGCACAGCUCACCUCCCGGGCUCCGCUCUCAGUUGUCUGUAGGUGGACUUGCUGCCCCCGGCUGUCCCCAAAGGUGGGCCACCCUCUCAGCCCGGGGCUGGGCCACAGCCUGCACAGGGACUUCCAGGUGAGGGGAGGAGCCACCUGGCCACUGUCCUCCCUCCUGUCCCCACUCAGACUGAGGGUCAGGUGCCAGCUCAGGGUGUUGCAGGCCCGCGGGUGCAGCUUCAGCUCAGGGCCAGCGAGUAGCAGUGCUGCAGACCAAGGGCCACCGGGGGCCCUUCCUUGGCCCGCCAAUGCAGGGAGCCUGUGAGCGCUUCGACAGUUAAGGGCUUUUCUAGAUGUGCAGACACUUCCAGAUGUUUCCCACCCUGUUCACCAGGAGCUGUUCUCAGCUCCUCUCACAGCUUUUGCAGGACGCCCUUCUGUGGGACCAGCAUCUAGGUGCCCCGAUUAUGCCGGCUGGGGGGGCUGGCACCCUGCCAGAGGGGCUCAGCAAGGAGAAGGCAGUCGCAGAGCGGGAGGCUGAGCCCGCUGGGCAGGGACGGUGUGCUGGCCAGCAAAGGGGGCCCUGAGCAGGCUGCUUAGCACCGCUUUGCUCUCCCUCCGGGGGUUGGGAGGGCCACUGGCCAGGGUCCCUGGCACACCGCUGGGUGUGUUGGGCCCAGGCCCCCAGCCUGUGCUCCAUGGACCCACCCGCCCCAGGUAACCCUGAAGUAUCUGGGCCCAGGGGUAGGGCCCCGGACCCUGGGGACUUGGGCAAUAACUGCCGAGUGCCAGGAUGGCACACUGUGCCACACAGGGAUGGCCCCAAAGGGGCCUGUGCCCUGUCCCCUCCCUCACAUGCAUCUCUGGGAGGGGGUGGCAAGCCUGCCAUGUCCUGCCACAUGGUGUCAGCAGGCAACGUGUGUUCUUUGCGUCCUUGUAUGAAUAAAAGGCUGGAGACCUCA